AUACGACUAGAUGAAUAAGAAGUACAUGUUUGAUUGUUCCUGAAUCCCUCUAUAUAUAAGCUCUCACAAUGGGUGGUGUUAAAAGAAAAGUUUUGUUAACAGUCACUGUCAUAAUAAAGAUGUACAAAAAAUCAGGGUAUUAGCAUUCCCAACCGCAUGGAGGGAGGAUAACCUUAACAAAGUCGGUGUUGUACGCUUUACCGACCUAUUUUUUUCUCCAUUUAUAGAGCUCCGUCACAGGUUUUGAAGCACCUUGAAAGUCUUCGUAGAGUAUAUUUUUGAGGAGGAACCGAGGAGGUAUCUAAGAUGUCUUGGAUGGCGUGGGAAAAUGUAGUUGCUCCGAUAGAAUAUGGGGGGUUGGGUUUCGGGUCUUUAAGGGACACAAACUUGGCAAUGCUAGCGAAGUGGUGGUGGAGAUUUAAGACUGAAAAAGACAGCUUACGGAGGAAAGUAAUUUGGGCCAUCCACUUUAAUUCUAGAUCAUGGAAUCCAAUUCCUGCUAAACUAUCAAUUUCGGGUCCAUGGAAACAAAUCGCUUCUGUUUCAUCUAGACUGUCACCUUUGGGGAUUGAUUUGAGGAGUGCUAUCAAAGGUUCGGUUCGAGGCGGGAAGGAGAUUGCAUUUUGGCUAGACGUUUGGGCAGCGCCGCAGACAUUUCAGGUGAUGUUUCCGUCUCUCUUUUUGCUAGAAAAGGAUAAAUGGUCAAAUGUUGCUGAUAGAAUCCGGAUCGAUCCUACUGGUGUCAACUGGGUAUGGUCUUGGAAACGGGAUUUAGCGAGCGUAUCCGAAGUCAGCGAAUUUGCUCACCUGACCAAUAUUCUACAGUCCUUCUCGGUUACUGCUGGGCAGGAUUUGUGGUCUUGGAGUUUGGAUCCAACUGGUCAGUUUAACAUCAGUAGUAUUCGGAAAUCAUUGGCUUCCCUUAAUCGAGUUCAGCCUGAUUACGUGGUCGAGUGGAACAACUGGUUGCCUAAAAAGGUUGGGUUGGUAGAGUGGAGAGCUUUCAAAGAACGAUUGCCGACCAGAGAGGCUCUACAUGCGAGAGGUAUUACGGUUCAGAACUUGGAAUGUAUUUUGUGUCGAGAAUAUAGUGAAACUUGUGAUCAUCUGUUAGUCUCGUGAGGUUUCGCUCAAACAGUUUGGCAAGUGGUAUUUCAGUGGUGUAAAAUGCAGCCGGUGAUCGCUUUUAGCAUACGAGAUAUUCUUGAUGCACACAAGAUUUUUUGUGGUUCGGUAAAAAAGAAGAAAGCCUUUCACACGGUGUGCUUAGUCACGUUAUGGACCAUUUGGACGUACAGAAAUGAUUUAAUUUUUGUAGGGAAAGCAAAGUCUAUCACUGCCAUUGUGGAAGAAAUAAAGGCAAAAAGUUACGCAUGGGUGAAGCACCGAUUGAAGGAACAGUCGAUGUCAUGGGAGCAAUGGAGGGGCUUUGAUUUUGGAAGUUAUGUUUCUUUUGGACUGUUUGGUUUGAAUUUGGUUUAUUUGGUGACUUGGUGUAUGUAAAUUUUGAUGUUAGCCGUUGGCUAGGUAUUAUAAUAAAAGAAUUUUUGUUGGCCGUUAAAAAAAAAAAGAAAAGGAAAGUUUUUUAUUUGUUUUGAGAAGAUUUCUGUUGGAAACAAUUAGCAAAACUAAUCCAGUGAGUUAUAAAGGAAUUAAAUGGUAAGUUGACUUGAGCUCAAUGAAAAUAUGAAAAGGUUGAACGAGAAGUGGGCCGCAAGCUUGCACUUACGUUUUGGGCCAUUAUUAUGCGAAGCACCAGAUGUAUUCAGGAAGCUUAAAUCAUGAAGAAAUUGGAUUAUGACUCAAAUUGGAAACAGUAGGGAAUUUGUUUUGAAUAUAAAUACAAGGCAUUACCUAUGGUUUUAGGGGGAAACCACUUUCAUCUUUUUCUAAUUGCCAACCAUCAUUCACAUGAUAUAAGAGGAAGAAUAAAAGGAUCUUUUUCAAAUUAAUCAACAUCAGUCGUAACAUAUCAACCCUAAGACGAAUUCCAUCAUCACCUCACCAUUAUUCAACAUCUUUCGAAGCAGUUUUCUAUGUUCCAAGCCUUCUCAAUCGACAUUGAAGUCCCAACGAAGAUCAUGAGCGGCUAAUUUACUUGUAAC